GAGGGAGAGGCCAGGCCUUUUCAGGGCAUGCGGAAAAUUUUGGAUCCAUAACCGGAUCCUGACGAGAGGGAAAAAGAAAGCUCUCCUUUCUGAAACCCCGAAAACCAACCCGCCGCUCUUCACUACUCUCUCUCUCUCUCUCUCUCUCCAUGGAGCCUCAGAUACCCGAGGGCAAGGAGCCCCAGAAAAAAACGGGCAAGAAACCCCUAGAUACGCCUCCUCCUGCUCCGGCGGUGGUAGCGUCCUCCAACAAGCCCCUCGAAGACCCUACUCCUCCCCAUACCUCGACCUCCCUCGCGGAGCAGCCCGCCGACCAUGGGAACGCCGGGGAGCAGCGCAAGGAGGGAGGAGGGGAAGGGGUAGAGCAAAAGGGGCCCAAGAUCCAGGCCUCUGGGACCACCUCGGUGGGGCCCUCCUCGGCGACGGCAGUUGCUGCGGCGGCCGGCGCCGCCACCGAUCUCCAGAAGAAGCUCCGUCGAGCGGAGCGUUUCGGGAUGCCCGUGCUGCUGACCGAGGAGGAGAAGCGCAACUCUCGAGCCGAGCGGUUUGGAACUGGGUCUACCUUGCAUGGAAUACAGAAUGCCGGACAACUGGAAGAGCAGAAAAGAAAAGCCCGAGUGGAGAAAUUUGGGCUUAAAGUACACGCCCCAGUUGAUGAGGAAGCAAAGAAGAAGGCUCGGUUAGAAAGAUUUGCUCCAGACUCCAAAACUGGGACUACAGAAGAAGAAAAAAGACAGGCAAGAGCAAUCAGAUUUUCGCAAACAUCCGGCACCUCUCAAGCCCAUGGCAAGGCCAACUCUGAGCUGAUGGCUUCUGUAGCUAACACCAGAUGAGAGGCCAGAGGAGUAAGGACUCUUUGUGCAUAUGGAGAUACCCAUUGCAGAAAGUGUAAUGACAAAUGGAGAUUUUAUCCCCUGGUGCCGUUGCAUGUGUAUUGAUUGUUCUUAGGAUUAUAAAGGGCUGCUGGUCGACAUGGCUGCACGGUUGUUCUUAAAUUAACUCUAAUUUCAGAGAUGGUUGUUUUAACAUCUUUCUUAUUCCACUGAAGUAUUGAAUUAAUGUCUUGUUCCGGUGGACAAUUAGAAGCUUAUUUUGGCUUGUGGUGGGUGGUUCUCUGAUGAUAGCUCUUUGGACAUGUUUUUACCGGAUUUCUGUUCUGAACCAAUGGGCUUGUGUAACAAUUGAUGCCCUUGUGCCCUCAUGCUUCAUGAUGGAAUAGAUAAUUAGUUGCAUACCCCCGC